CAUUGUUGUAACUGGAACUGUAGUAGUAGCUCUAUUGGCUUUCAGCACAUACUUCUGGUGCUUGAAACGGAAAAAAGUUUCAUCUUUGCAGACAAACCAGCUAUGCAAGAAGAUGGACUAAAUCCAAUGUUUUCUCAAGAUCAGAGUGACAAGGAGGAGAGUGUGAAUUCUGACCUUCCUAUGAUGCCUCUGAGUACUAUUCUGAAAAGUACAAGUAAUUUUUCUGAUGAAUGUAAACUGGGGAAAGGUGGAUUUGGCCCUGUCUACAAGGGUGUUUUACCAGAUGGAAGGCAAAUUGCUGUUAAAAGGCUUUCAAAAACUUCAGUUCAAGGAGUGGAGGAAUUCAAGAAUGAAGUAAUAUUGAUUGCAAAAUUGCAACAUAGAAACCUUGUGAGACUGUUGGCUUGCUGCAUUGAGCAAAAUGAAAAGCUGCUUGUCUAUGAAUACAUGCCCAAUUCAAGCCUUGAUUUCCACCUAUUUGAUAUGAUGAAGGGUGCACAACUGGAUUGGAAAAAGCGAUCAAACAUUAUUAAUGGGAUUGCUAAAGGACUUCUAUAUCUUCAUGAGGACUCUAGACUAAGAGUUAUUCAUAGAGACCUGAAAGCUAGCAACAUUCUAUUAGAUCAUGAAAUGAAUCCAAAAAUCUCAGACUUUGGACUGGCAAGAACAUUUGGAGGAGACCAAAGCCAGGCCAACACAAUUAGAGUUGUGGGAACUUAUGGAUACAUGGCUCCAGAGUAUGCUAUGGAAGGGUUGUUCUCAGUGAAGUCAGAUGUUUUCAGCUUUGGUGUUCUUUUGUUAGAGAUCAUCACUGGAAAAAAGAACAGUAAAUUCUAUCUCUCAGACCAUGGCCAAAGCCUUCUCAUAUAUGCAUGGAACCUGUGGUGUGAAAGCAAAGGUUUGGAAUUGAUGGAUCCAUUAAUAGAAAAAUCAUGUGUACCAAGUGAAGUUCUCAAGUGUCUACACAUUGGUCUAUUGUGUGUACAAGAAGAUGCAGCAGAUAGACCAACAAUGUCAAGUGUAGUUCAUAUGCUUGCAAGUGACACAGUGAGUCUCCCUAAGCCAACACGCCCUGCAUUUUCUGUUGGAAGAACUGCCAUUGAACAAGGGUCUUCAUCAAAUGCUUCUAAACAUUACUCUGUCGAUGAUGUAACCAUUUCUGUAGUGAGACCAAGGUGA